CUUCAAAACUUUUAUUAUUUUGUUUGCUUACCUUUUUCUUUUUCGCCAGUGGCUCUAUAAAUUGGGUGGAGACCAACCUGUGUCAAACUUCUGUCCUUUCCCCUUCCUUUCCUGUCUAAACCAAAUUCCUUCCGCCCAAUUUUCCUCCCCUUCCCAUUCUUUCUCAAUUCACUGUUAAUAACAACACAGCGACGAGUUAAGCAGCUAACUACCACACUCAGAUUUAAGGUUUUACGUCGUCCUUUCGAAAGCAAGGAGCAAAAAUGAAUCACUGUGCGAUACAGCAAGGCAACGCCCUCUCAGCUUGCGAAGACAUGAGGACUUAUUCAAGAGACUCCGUCGUUUGUCCCAAACCUCGCCGUUUUGGCCUUCUAAACGCCAGCCCUCACGAUCCCGUCAGAUCUUUCAGAUGGCAAUUUGGCCACCAAGCGGAGCUCUGUGAUCCAAAGGCAGGGUCUGAUAUUUUGGACAACCUCCUCACAAAGGGAUCUUUCGGCGUUGAACAAUUUUCGUGUACAGAAAUGGCCUCGCAGCACCCAUUUUAUAGCGGGUCGCCGCCCAGCAGAGUAGCUAACCCAUUAAUUCAGGACGCUCGAUUUGGGAAUGAGAAACUCACCCCACUCUCACCAAUACCCGCCCCGUCUGGUCUAUCCUCGUCUCCUUCGUCAUCCACAAGGAAAGGAGGCUUUGUUCGGGCCAAUUUUGGGAGCAAACCAGCCGUGAGGGUCGAGGGGUUUGAUUGCCUGGAUAGGGAUAGGAGAAAUUGCAGCAUCCCUACCCUGGCAUAGAAGCCCAAUUCAAUCAAUGAAGGUACAUAGGAAAGAUUGAGCUUAAGUUUGCUAUAGUCAACCACAAUACUUGGAUAGCAUUGAGAGUAAAUUUUGAAAUUCUCGGAGAGUGAAGGAAGUAGAUCCUUCUGCCUUGUGUAGAUAUGUUUGAGGGAUUUAUGUAAAUGAAAUGUGUCGGUGUCAUGUAAGUAAAUGUGAUGUUAACCAAAUAAUGUAAGGGGUCCAUAGGUCAUGUUUAAAAGAGUUUAUGAGGGGGUGGCCAUUAGGUUGAGAAGAGAGUCUAGUCUGUCUUUGAUCUACCACCACCACCCUCUUGUAUUGUAAAAAGUAAGGAGUCCAUGGUGGAAAAAAUUUCAUUUUGUUUCGAUUUAGGUGUUUUUGAGUUUCAGUGAGCGGCUUAUCAAGGGAAUCUGUACAAAUUAAAGUUGCUGUUGAGUCGAUCCGAGAACAGCCAUUUACAGUGUAAAUAUACCAUCUGUGUUAUAGUUAUAUUCUGCUUUCCAUCGGUU